AUGCUCGCGACAGACCGCACGGCCGAGUUCAAGGAGGCUGUCAGGGCGAAGGAACACGCUCAGCCACCUACCAAGCGGCAACGAGUCAAGUUUGGGCGGGCGCGGCAGGGUCCAGAGGGGCAGGAGGAUGCCUGGACGCGACGGGCGGAGCAAGUGGCUACCAACCUGCGCUCGUUCUCCAACUUCCUCGCCUCGAUUCGCCGCGCCUACCUCGACCUCGGGUCGUCCUCGCAUCCGUCAUCGCACAAUCCUCCCCAGCGCAACCUCGAUCCGUCAAAGGGAUUCGCAGCGUGGGAGGGAGUGCGGUGGCUGACAGACCGCGAACGGGACGAGAUCGACUUUGCGGUCAAGGUCGCGCUCAGGAAGUCGGUCGAUCGGGUCAGGGAACUCGAGGCGCUCGAGAAAGCCCGCGUCGAUGCCGAGAAGCGCGAGAACCCAAACGCCGGCCUGUCCCGCUUCCUUGGCCUCAAUGUCGCUCCCUCCGUCUCGCCCACCUCCGAAGCCCUCGCCUCACACCGCUCCCUCGUCACCUUCUACCUGAAUACGAUGCUCGCGAGCGUCUCUCAGCGGCAGCGGGAUCAGCAAGAGGCGCGUGUGAAGCGUCAACUGGAAAAGACGCAAAGCCUUGGAGGGAUGGGCGGUGGAGGAGCGCUGGGCAUGGACGAGUUGGGACGACAGAUGGCGGAGAAGGCAAAGGCGGAUCGGGCGGCGCAAAAGGGGAAGGGCAAGGCGGACGGGACAGGAGCGAGCGGCGAAGUCGGGCAGGUCCCGUCCAUCUAUCGCCCAGCACCCGUCUCGCCUGAAGCAGGUUGGGGUUUCGACGACGAAGACGACGACAACCCUCUCGGCUCGACCUUGACGGCAGACCAGAUCCAGCAAUUUGAGGCGGAAGAGUCAGCAUUGCUCAAGGCCACGCAGUCCGACCUCGAGUCGCUCAAGACGGCCGAGUUUUCCCUGCUCGAAAUCGCCUCGCUCCAGUCACAACUCGCCAUACACCUUACGCAGCAGGCCGAGCUGACGGACAAGCUGUGGGAGGAGGCGAUCACGGUUUCGGGCGAGGUGGACCGAGGGAACAAGCAGCUCAAGAAGGCGAAGGAGCGCGGGCGGGAGAGUCGCAUGUGGCUUCUCAUCUUCCUCUUCAUGUCCAGCUUCACCCUGCUCUUCCUCGACUACUACGCGUGA